GGUCUAAGUUUUAUAAAUAUCCUUCAUAACUUGGAUAUGUCAACAAGUAACCAAAGUUUUUAAUUUUCAUAACAACAAAAUAUUACAAUUAUAUCAUAAAAAGCAAUUAACUAAGUCAUUGCUAAUUGAUGAAUUGAAAAGUGAUUCUCUCGUUGCAGAUAAAUUGACAAUAAUAGACCAAGUUCAAAGAAAUUUCUGUGAUUUCACCAAUUUUAUGAGAACGGUUAUUUCAUCAGUCGAUCUUAAGUGGUCGAAGUGUUAACAUUAUUUUAAAAUGAUGAGAUUGAAUCAAAUUUUUCUCCUUCUGUCUUGCAUAUUGGGAAGUUUACAAGGGGAUGUCUUAGACUUUGAUGUGGAUACCCAAGUUUCGUCUAGCAUUUUGAAAUAUUUGAAUGAACGAAAUCCUAAUUUUUCCUAUAAAUCAGCUAAAAUUUUACAGAAGAAUGUCGAGGGUGAUAAAUUAGACGCAACUUUCCAAGUAGAAGCCACCUGUGAUUACCCAUGUCAAGGAGGCACUUUAAAAUGUGAAAGUAUUUUCCGUAAGAUAGUGGGGGAGUCAUUAUGGCACAUAGCAGGUGCAAUUUGUGCUCCAAUCGAAUCAAUAUAUUUAGAACAACAAAAAAAUAUCAUUCCUACAUUUAUUGGAAAUCCAGUAUCGGAACAACAGAAAACUAUAAAGGAACCUAAAGAUGUACCACGUACUGUUGAAGAACCAAAAGUUGAACAGGAUUUUGUUGGGGAACCAAAAGCUAUUGACGUGGUUACCCCAAAGACGAUCAAAAAUGCCGAAGAACCUGAACUCCAUAUUGAAAUUAGUGAAGAGAGUCCAAAGAAGACUGUACCGUGCUUAGGUUGUCCAAUAGAUAUAAAUCCAAAUGCCUACGGCGUCGCUGAUCUGAUAAACACCGCGUUGAGGCAUAUCGAAUCAGAAAGAAGUCAAAAGCAUACGGCUCUGAAAGUUUUAAGGGUACAACAACAGGUUGUAUCCGGUAUUAAAUAUACUCUAUUAGUUGAAGUAGCUCCUACUGUCUGCCCGAAAACUAUCGACUCUCCUUCUUGUCCAAUUGAUCGGUCUCGAGACAGUUUUAUUUGUGAAGUACAAUUUUGGGAAAAAUCCUGGGAAAGAUUCACACAGAUUAUUAAAAAUAAUUGUACAAAUAAUCAAGAAUUUGUUUAUAAUGCCGGUUUUUACACAACGACGAAAAGUCCACCGAGAGAAGUUGACUUGAGUGAUUUGGAGUCUCAGAUUCUUUCUGAUUUUGAAAUUGAACAACCCCAAACAACUUAUAAUGGGCGAAAUUGGGUAAACAGUAUCCAUCCUGUAUAUUCCAACAUCGGGUACGGUCCGGAGGUGAUAUUACAAAAGAGAAGAGUCAGAGAUAUUGUAGAAGAUAAAGAAAACGAACACAAUGUAUUUAAAAGACACUAUAGAGAUUCUGAUAGUGAUUCUUCAUCGAGCAGUAGUGAAUCUGACGAAAGUAAUGAUAAAAAGAGACAUAAUGAUGAUAGUGAUGAUGAUAGUAGUCAUAGCCAUAAACACAAGUACGACGAAAGCAGCGAAAGCUGUGAACAUCAUCACAAACAUAAACACAAUCAUCGAGACAGUGAUGAUAGAGAGCCGAUAAAAGACAAACAUAGCUCUAAUGACUCUGACGAAUCGAAUAAAUCGAGCGAUUCAAGUAAAUCUAGUAAAUCGAGAGAAUCGAGAAAAUCUUAUAAACAUAGUGAAUCGAGUGAAUCUUCUGAUUCAUCCGAAUCAGAUGACCACAAGAAGAAACACAAACAUCACAACAAUAGUAGAAGAAAGAGGUCUAAUGAACUUGAGAAUGAUCCACAAAUUUUAGAUGAUCUUGCUUGGAUAGCAUCCAAAAUCCUCGACUACCAUAAUUACGUCCUAGUCGGUUCGUCAAAUGUACGUUUGAACGGGCUGCACUACAAACUGCAGCUUCUACUCGAAAGAGAUCGUACAGUAGUAGAAUGUAGCGUCUUUAUGACUGUUAACGAAGGAAAUAUAUAUGAAUCUACAAUUGAUAAGUAUCAUUGUAAUACAGACGAAGUUUGGAAGCAUAAAACAACACAGGAUAAGAGAAGUAAAACACUCGGUGGAAUGGUGCCGAUAUCUACCAACGACCCUCAAAUAAAUUUAUAUUUGAAAGAUGGUUUAACCAAUUUAGAUAAAACUUCACCGCAUACAAACAAAUAUAAAAUUCUUGAAAUAAUAGAAGCGACAAAACAAACAAUUAGCGGAGUUCUUUAUCGCAUUAAAGCCCACGUUACAGUAUCGGAUUGCGAAAAAGGAAAAGACACGGAUCCGGCAACUUGUGGUGUACUUAAAGACGCUCCAAUCAAAGAAUGUCAUUUCAAAAUUUGGGAUCAACCUUGGUUACCGCAAGGAAGACAAACGAACAUCACUUGCGAUAACGACGAAGAAGUUUAUCGUUUCAGACAAAAACGUGAUACCUUAACAGGUGGUAUCAAUCAAAUUUCCAAGGACGAUGAUCAGGUCAAGUUAUAUUUGAAGGAUGGAUUAACUAAUAUGGAUCAAGUUUCAUCUCAUGCUAAUAAAUACAAGGUUCUGGAAGUUUUGGAGGCUUCGAGUCAAGUAGUAAGCGGUGUAAUGUAUCGUAUCAAAGCUCGUAUAACCGUAUCAGAUUGCGAAAAAGGCAGUAAAGUUGACACCGAAAAUUGCGGCGUUCUUAAAGAAUCCCCUGUACAAGUAUGCAAUUUCAAAAUCUGGGAUAAACCGUGGAUACCACAAUCGAAAGAAACCAAAGUUACUUGUAAAAAAGAAGAAGCCGAACAUUCUAAGCAAAGAAGAUCUGCGGGAAUUCCAGGUGGUACUAACUCGAUCUCUACCGACGACCCCCAGAUCAAAAAUUAUCUAAAAGAUGCGUUAACUCAUUUGGAUCAAUCAUCUUCUCAUACUAACAAAUAUAAAAUUUUGGAUGUAAUAGAAGCAUCGAGACAGGUGGUCAGCGGUUCUUUAUAUCGCAUCAAAGCCCAUGUCACAGUAUCUGAUUGCGAAAAAGGAAAAGACGCGGAUCCGGCAACUUGUGGUGUACUUAAAGACGCUCCAAUCAAAGAAUGUCAUUUCAAAAUUUGGGACCAACCUUGGUUACCGCAAGGAAGACAAACGAACAUCACUUGCGAUGAAGAACACCUUUCGUUUAGACAAAGGAGAUCCGUAAAUAUACCACCUCAUGAAGAUGCAGUAAAAUUAUUUUUUAAACAUUUUCAACUGAAAUAUUCGAAAAAUUACCCAACAAAAGCUGAAUACAAACAUCGAUUGUCAAUUUUCAAGAACAAUUUGAACAUGAUCGAUUUGUUGAAUAAAUACGAACAAGGUACCGCCAAAUAUGGUAUAAACCAAUUUGCCGAUUUAACCCAAAAAGAAUUUUCUAGUCUUCACGGAUUACGUACGGAUCUUCAAAGCGAAAAUAACGUUCCAUUUCCAGUAGCCGAAAUUCCGGAUAUAGAUCUACCGACAGGUUUCGAUUGGAGAGAAAAAAAUGCAGUAACUGAAGUUAAAGAUCAAGGAUUUUGCGGUAGUUGUUGGGCUUUCAGUACCACCGGUAACGUCGAAGGACAAUACGCCAUCAAAUAUAAGAAUCUCACUUCACUUUCCGAACAAGAACUAGUCGAUUGUGAUAAAUUAGACGAAGGAUGCAACGGUGGAUUAAUGGAUAAUGCAUACAGGACUAUUGAAAAAUUGGGAGGUCUGGAGUCAGAAAAGGAAUAUCCCUAUGACGGAAGAGACGAAAAAUGUCAUUUUAAUACAUCCCAAGUUGUAGCCAGAAUUACCAGCGCCGUUAACAUUAGCCACAACGAAACGGAUAUGGCUAAAUGGUUAACGAAAAACGGACCUAUCGCCAUAGCUAUAAACGCAAAUGCUAUGCAAUUUUAUAUGGGAGGAGUAUCACAUCCUUUCAAAAUCUUUUGUAACCCCAAAAGUUUAGACCACGGUGUUUUGAUAGUUGGAUAUGGUGUUCACAAUUAUCCUUUGUUCAACAAAACUAUGCCUUACUGGAUAGUGAAAAAUUCUUGGGGAACAAGUUGGGGCGAACAAGGAUAUUACAGAGUUUACAGAGGAGAUGGUACGUGCGGUUUGAAUCAGACUCCAUCUAGUGCCAUAAUUGCCUAAAGAAAUAUGUAAUCAUGACAAUUGACAUAUCAUUUUUCUUAUAAAAUAAAAAUAAAUUAUUUAAUUUUACUAAAACAACUAUCUAAUAUAGAUAAACUUGUAAUUAAACUUAGGAUUGUAUUUUAAAUAUAUAUGGUUUUGAUGUAAUUAAAAAAUCUAUUAGAAAUAUACUUUCAAUAGUAAAAUAUAUAAAUUGUAUACUUGUGAAA